AAUGUAUCCGGAAUAUACUUUAACGACGGUGUAAUUUUUAGAUUUGCAGGUCGACAACAAAGUGUUUCCGUUUUUUACUCUGAUACAAGUGGAAUGUGCCGACCUAACCAUUUUACGUUGCAAAAUUAUUCAAAGAUUCAUAAUAAAUUUCAUUUGAUUAAAAGGGUAUCAAAGGUGUUAUGCAGAAAUGGUUCUUGUUCUUAUUACACCAAUUUUCAUAGUGUUUUUAAUCACCGGGUCAAGUUUCGGAUUUCUCUUUGACGUCAAAUCAGACUGUGUCGUGACGUUAUGGAGUGACUGGGCGAACGUCCCCGGUCUCGAUCUGCACAUUCGUGAACGUGCUAUUCUUCGGCAUGAAAACAUGGGCGGAUUGCCGUGUCCUACACGGGAUAAAUUGCGAGAAGAAAGGGCAGACGCCCUACAGAUCCAAACUGACACGCAUGCGCACUUAGAAGCAACAGCAAAAUCGUUAUCAGAGCAUUUCAUACGUCGGAAACCGGAUGCAGAUCACCCAAAUAGUCCAAAUCAUGUUCGAGACCUCCUUAUUGUGAUCGACUCACUAGAAAGUUUGGAAGAAGAAUUAUUCAAUAGGACGAAACACAACAUUGCAAAACUUUUAGGAAUGCUUUGUCCGGGGCCGGAUCCGUUUGCCCCAAUGUACAAUCACGCUGUUCUAAUUGACGCGUCGAAUUCUAAUGUGCAAGUCUUUGGCAAGGACAAUGGUGACGGAUUAGCAGCACUGAAAGAGGCUUUACUUCAUAUUCCGAUGUCUUCGAACCAAUCAUGCUCUGCCCAGGCCCUGAAUAUAACUGCUGCAUUGUUAACAAGCUCAAAAGGUUUACGCUCGGACAGCAAAGUUGAUAAAGACGUCCUGAUAGUGACUGACGGCUAUUCAAAAUGUCACGAUGACGCCAUUGUUUCAGCCUUUGCACUGCGUAGCCUGUCUCGGGUAUUCUCGUUUCUAAUUGGUUCGUUUCCAUCCUAUGGGUUACGAAAGGUCAUCAAUUACGUAUCAACACCGGUUGAAGAACAUCUUUUUGUUGUAAAGACAUUAGAUGGGUUUGAUCAAUUAUUAACAACACUUCAGUCACAAAACAAUGUUUCAUGCAAACCUAUGGACUUACCUGUAGAUAAUAAAAACUAAAUAAAUGUAACUUUCAAAAGCUCAAUAUUUAUCAACGAAAUGAGCAUUUCAAAGGUUCCAACGCCAAUUUUGUUAUACUAAUUACAUGUAUUAUCAUAUGUUUACGAGUAUAUUUCUUUGGCAUGUAGGAGUAAUAGCCGGUCAUUUGUGAAUACUAGUAUAAUGUUAAUCACUGGUAAAGUCGUUUAGCGGUCAAACCGCCGGGAUAUAACCUGCUUCCAAUAAAUAAUAUUUUACAUGUA